AUGGCCUCUUCAUCACCCACCCUCGAAGCUAUCCUCAAUGGCACCUCCCAUGAUCCCAAGUCCAAUCCCUUCCUCAGUCUCAUGCGCGGCCUGGAUAGGAGGCAGAACCCACCCGUAGACGCAUCACAAGCCAGAGAACUGCUCGUAUCCAUCGCCACUUACAUCAUCAUCUUCCUGGUAUGUGUCACCAUCAUCUGUCUGCCCUAUCUUCAGGGCGCCGGUGGUCACAGGAGACGACAUUGGAUCAUUAAGCGUCAAUACCUCGAUGGGCAUUCACAGCCUUACUGGAUUCCUAACAGUGGCUUGAUUGUUGCGGGAUGCCAUCUGGUUGGGAGCACCUUUUUCCUCGUCUUCCUAGGACUUCGCUACCACGAUUUCAAGUCAGGCUAUGUAGCCGAUGCGUUCUAUGGUUCAGCGUGGUCAGUGCUCUUUCUACUCCAACAGAUGCUGGAAUUGCGAUGGUAUCCUAGUUAUUGGUCAUUCUUCACGCAAGCAUGGAGUACUUGGUUUGUUCGAGCCUCCGAGGCAUCACUCAAGGGGAAAAAGAAUGGGAUCCACCCGUUGGUCUUUAAUGCCAACCUGAUAGUAUUCCCGACGACCGCUUUAAUCUCAGCACUGGUUCUGAUUUCGGCACAGGUAGCCUCGAUGAGUGCGCAGGUCGACAGCUACAAGACCCUUAUUGCCUCACUUCACCAGCUCAGUCUUCACUGGCAACAAGGCCAGAAUACCCUUGGCAGCCCCCAGUUCCGUACCGCAUCAGCUCAAUUCACCGAGUACAGCAUCAAGUCUUCAUAUAUGCUCGCUAGGUUCAGGGACACUGGAUUGUUCUGGAGUUUCAUGGCUAUACCCACGCUCAUCUUCUACGUCUUUGGGAUCUCCACUCUACUCAGAGUCAUGUACAAACGUUUCCAUGCGGUCAAGAGUCAAUCGGACCAGGAGAGCACGAUCAGUUCGACCGGUUCAUUCGUCAAACGCUUGUUGAAAAACCAUAACCAGAACAAGUCGAGCAAGCUUCGGACCAGCUUCAUCUACUUGGGGGUCCAUUAUGUGAUGAUGACACUUACGCUGGUUUACCACAUUUUUGUCGGCUUGAUCUUUUAUUUAUCGGGCGAGGCGGCAAUGCCAUGGUUGGAAUUGUUCAUGUUAUUGGCUAACUCAGGCUCGUAUUUCUUACUAGGCGCACUGAUCGUCCAACUGCUUCGAAUUAUUUCCGAGGGUAGGGAUCAAGCCAGUGGGAGCACGAGUAGUAGCAAGAGCGAGAAAAAUACGGAUUACGAGCUCAGCCUCUCGGAGUCCAAGAAUUGCCAUCCGGAUAUCCAGCUAAUGACGUGA